GGAUUGUUCGGUUCACUCGGUAGACGUUAUCGACCGUCAGAUCAUGCAUUACAUGUUCUUAACCUGCUCUCUGAUGGUGUUGGUAAACCUCUCAGGAGCAGCGCUGAAGCUUCAGGUUCAGCAGAAGCCCAGGUAUUAUGGUGUCAAAGUGGGAAGGCAGGUGGGAUUCAUAUGUUCCAACACUGGUCCCCUCCAGGAUUCUCUUGAGGUGGAGUGGUACAAGGUCAAGGCGUUUGAAGAACGGACCAAAGUGUUAAGUGAUCGGGGUCAUCCAUUUACGAACCCCAGAGCGAUCAAGAACAAGGGGCAUUUAAUUAUCAACAAGGUGGAGGCUGAGGACAGCGGCAUCUACUUCUGCAAAAUAAACAAGACCUGGGGAUUUGGAACUGAGCUACAAGUGUUCCGGCGCACUGAUCUAAGUGCCUCUGAAUGGAGGAGCAACAUGAAGGACAUGAUCAUCGUCCUCCAGGGUUUACUGCUGGUGCUGUGUAUCGUUCUUCCCUUGGUCCGCUUUUUCACACUGGAGAAUAAAGAGGAAGUGGUGUAUGAGGAGCCGGUGGAGGAUCACACAUAUGAGGGUUUGGAGAUCGAGCACUGUGGGGAUUUGUACGAGGAUCUAACUGCUUAUUCUCAAAUACCCGAAACAGACGCCCCCUGGCAGGUCGAGUCCCCAGACGAGGAGUAAUACAGGUUAAUCAAAAUCAUCAAUCAUCACGAUAACAGGGAAUCAAACUGAAGUCCACCAGUGUCAUUAUAUUAUAUAUUAUACUUUAUAUAGCGGAUCCCCAAACUGUAGGUACAUCACAAUGUUUCUAUAGGAAACACAGGGGAGCACAAAACCUGGACCCCUGAGCGACUCGGCUCACCUUUUAUUACCGUUACUGUAAUAAAUGUACUUCAUUGUUUUCAUGUAUCACAUUGUCAGUGUUGCUUAAUCGUUUUUAAGCUGGAGCUUGUUGUGUUCAUGUUUUAAGGUGCUCAGUGUGUCAGAAAAUUAAAACGAUUUAUUACAU